GCAGGAGCGCCUGUGACAGUGGAGUGCAUUGAUUCAUGCUGUUGUGGAGUCUCGUUUCUGCUUUUGGGAAAACAAUUAAUGCGACCAGACAAGAGCGCAUGAAGGUGGAGAAGAUGAACGUGGAGGCUCUAAGCCGAGCAGAGCUGCUGACUCUCCUCAGUAUCCUGGAGGGAGAACUGGAGGCCCAGGAUGUAGUCAUACACACCCUCAGAGCUCAGCACCGAGAUGAGUUUGUCCAGGACCGCUAUGGGCAGUAUGACCUCAGCGAUCCAUUCCUGGCCCUUCAGCGGGACGAAGAAGCCGCAGAGCGCCAGUCCGCAAUCAGGCAACCCCAAGCACAUCUGCACGGCCGGGCGGUGGGCCCAAACCCUCUGGCUGUGUUGAAACUGGUCAUGACUCACUGUAAGAGGAUGCAGGAGAGGAUGAUGGGACAGUUGGCUGCUGCCGAGAGCAGACACAGGAGGAUGAUCACCGCUCUGGAGGAGGAGAAACAGCGGUAUGUCCAGGAAUCUGCUCGGCGUGCCGACUAUGUCUUUGUUCUCGAGACAGAAAGAGAUAAGCUGCUGCAACAGCUGGAGGUGGAGCAUGCAACGGUGCAGAGGUUGGAGAAGGAACAGGCACAAGUGGUGAGCAAGGUGGAGGAGUCGCUGUCCCAGGAGCAGCAGCUCUCCUCCAGUCUGACGCUGGAGCUCCAAAAGGCCAGCAGCCAAGCUCAGGAGGAGGCACAGAAGGUCUCUCAACUCCACAUGCUGCUGCAGGAAGAGACCCGCGCCCUCGAGAAGCUCCAGCAGGUUCUCGAGUACGAGAAGAACCGGGUGGCCCAGCUGGAGGUCAAGUCGGAGAGGCAAAUGGCUGAGUUUGAUACUGAAAGAGAGCAGCUGAAAGUCAGACUAGAGGCAGAGGAGGAAAAGGGCAGAGAGCUUGAAAAACAAGUGAAAGAACUUAGAAAAAGGUUGGCUGAGCCUCAGGAAAGUAAAACAGAGGUAAAAGAGGCUGCUACAGAGGUGAAGGAGUCACAGGGCAAGAUGGUGUCCAGUUCUGUUCAGACUGAGCUGGAUGGAAAGAUUACUUCAAAAUCCUCUACUGUGUCAAAGGUCAAUGGCCUUCAGUCUCCUAAAGAGAUAGAACAAUUAGCACAUGAAGUGAAAGGAGCAGAAAAUGGAGUGGAUAAUGGAGGUGGAACCCUUCUCCAUUCCCCAAUCCACCCUUUUCCUCAUCCUCACUCUCCCUCCAGCACGGCUUCCUCUUCCCUCUCCUCCUCCCCCGUUUCCUCUCCAGUUCUAGCAAAGCGUCUGGGCAGCCCGGGCUUCCUUCAGUCCUACCAGGCUGGAGUCAAUCAGAGAUUUCAGGCCGCCAGACACAAGUUCCAGAGUCAGGCCGAGCUCGAUCAUCAGCAGCAGCAGCACGGUGGGCCUCUUUCCCCCAGAGACCUCUCUCCAACCACUGCAUCCACCCCUCCUCCGCCAGAGCACAGCCCGGCGAAGCAGCUGGCCCGUAGCACAGUCACUCAGGUGCUGUCCCGCUUCACCAGCCAGCAGGCCGGAGUAAAGUCCGCGCCAAUUAGCAACUCACCAUUUGGCACAGACUACCGCAAUCUGGCCGCAUCUCCUACAGGGGGGAGGUCGCCUUCUUCAGGGCCAUUAUCUCCGUGCUUUCGCUCUCCUCUCACACCUCGUUCAGAGAAGACCCAUCCUCCUCCAAUUCCGCCUAAAAGGCCUGGCAUGAGUCCAACUCCGGGUUCCCCAAAUCACUCUGCUCGGACCAGCCUCUUCCCAGAGCUCACGGGGAACUGUGGGCACAGCAGCAAUGGGCAGGAGGGAGCCAAGGAGUCAGACCUGGUCUUAUCCUAGUGCCUAAAGUCCAGACCGAGCAAGCUAAUUGUUGAAGAAAUCUGCUACUUCAGUUUCUGAUGUUAAUUAAGUUUAAGACAUUUGAUAUUAGCAUUGAAAAUAUAAAUGCCUUGUAAAAAAUGUUCAUACCCUUUAAACAUUUUUCACAUUGUGCUUCAUUAUAGCUUCAACCAUCAAUGUGUUGUAGGUUGUAGCCAUAAUGCGAGAUAGGCUAGUGCAAAGUAGCAUUAGUGUACUAAUCCUCCGAGUAAAUAGUUUUCACAGACACCAUUUUCUGAACUGUCUGCUGUGUUCCUUGGUUUUGGUGAUGCUGUUUGUUCAGUAAUAUUCGAUAAAUAUUUGGGUCUAAUUUAUUACCCAGAGGAAUUCAGUUUACUAAUCAGCAGAAUUAAGACAAAUGGUCGCAUUAAUUUUAUUUAGGAGUAUUACAGUAAAAAGGGGUGAAUGCAUUAUAAAACCCACACAUUUUUAGUUUUAUUUUUUGUAAAAAAUAAAGUGUGAACUAUGUGGUGUUUUGUCUGCUAAACAAUAAUGCACUACUUUGCAUUGGUAUAUCACUUGAAAUCUCAAUACAGUACAUUGAGAUUUGUGGUUAUAAGGUGGAAAAUAUGAAAAAGUUUGAAGUAUGAAUGUAUUUUCAAGGUGGUGUAUACUGGAUGCAUGGUUUGUUGUAUUCCUACCUCAAAGGCACAACAUGAGAAACAAUUGGUAAAAAUUACUUAAAAGAGAUUGCAAAUUCCUUAAUUGGAUUUAGUUAUUUUUUUAUAUUGCUAUCAUUAUGUAGUUACCCUAAAUGUCAAAUUUCUGAAUUUUAACUAUGAGUUAGAGCAUCAACCGUCAGUAAAACCAAGCUUAAAUUCUGACAAAUAAAACAGAAUGGAGUUGUGCUGAGCUUGUGAUCUCUUUGUUUUCACUUAUGAAUUUACUCGCCAAACAACUUUGAGAAAUCCUCUUUAUUUUGGUUUUGCUUCUGCAUCGACUCUUCAGACGUUUGGCUAGCAGAGCAUAGCAAGCAUGUAGCUUUUGCAAUUUUACAAAGACAAAAAAGGUUUUUAAUGCUUUUAUUGUGAGUCCCUAUGCAAAUUUUAUGGAGAUGGACGACAUCUGUUUUUUGUUUUUUUUUAAUUGUAAAUAUGUCAAGAAACCUUUUCCUAUGAAUGAACAUUUGAUGCAUGGAUUGUUUGUUUUUACUUGUCAUGAAAACACUGAGACUUGUCUUGAAAAAGGGAGAGCACAUUUUGCACUGCAUCGACAUCGACACAUUUUUUAUGAACACGGCAUAUCCAGGGAACGUCGAAUUCUGCUCUACACAAGCUGAAAAUGUUGCUUCAUUAUGCCUCACAGUAAAUAUUUUAAUGUUCAUACUUUGAAACACAAUUGUGACAAUUUAUACUGCAUAUAUGUGUGUCAAUUAUAUAUAGCACUGUGUCUUUUAGAAGAACUACACACAAGAUUAUUUUAUUGGUCUACCACUUUAUUUUUUAACAUGUUUUUAUUUUAAAAACAGUGAUCAACGGGUUCUGUUCUUUUAUCAUUAGUAAAUGCUCAUAUCAUUAACACUCUGAAGUAUUCAGUGCUUCAAAUAAAUUGUCCAUUCCUUCAA